UCAAUUUUUGCAUCAAUAGAACGCCGUAGAAUAUUUUGACUUUGAGCUAGACAGGCCGCAAAGCACCACUGGGAACCAGUAAUGUUGCACCCCGGGGUGACCCACCUAACAAGGGCCCCAACGGUAUCGACAAGUAUACGACAAGCACGACAAGCACCCCCUCCAAAGGCUUGUGCGGAGCCCCAUGGGGCCCAACAUGUGCUCGUCUGAACCUGCUGUGCCGAGACCCACAGGCAUGCUUAUCUCGUAUAUAUAAGCUCUCCAAGUGUCCGCCUUCGUCUGCUUGGCUCCCGGCUUGCCUUGUUGCUUAUCCGCUCUUUGCCUUUUCGUGGCGUCGCAAGCAAUACGUAGUAGUAACCACGCUACGCACCUGCAAGAUGUCGGGCCUCGCCGAUUCCAAGUACGAUGAGAAAUCCGGGGUGGACGAAGCGAUGCGGGAGAAGAGCAUCGGCGGCCACCAUGCCGAGGUCUUCGAGAACAAGGAGCUCAUGACUGAUGCACAAAAUGCUGAGAUGCGUGAACAUGAGAUGGGGCUAUGGGAGGCUGUCAAGGAUCAUCCAGCGGCUUGUUUUUGGGCUUUUGUCUUUUGUUUUACGAUUGUCAUGGAGUCCUUCGACAUGUUCUUGAACGAGGCUACCAAGGCCAUCCCUACAAAAUGGCAGAGUUCGCUCUUCCAGGCUGGCCAAUGCGGUGCCUUUAUUGGUGUUUUCAUUGUUGGUCCAAUUACCGAUCGUCUUGGUUACCGCUGGACGAAUCUCCUGGCUCUCGUCCUUAUGAAUGCUACCAUCUUUGUCUCUUUCUUCGCCGAUUCGCUCUCCUUGCUUGUCGUCGGGCAAGCAUUAGAAGGAGUUCCAUGGGGAAUGUUUAUUGGAAACUCGCCUGCUUAUGCUAGUGAGAUUGUACCACUUGUCCUCCGUGGUGCCUGCACAGCAACUCUGCAGCUUUCUUGGUCCAUCGGUGGGCUUCUUGUCGCUGGUGUCACUUACUCGUUCAACAAACGAAAUGAUGAGUGGGCGUGGCGAGCACCUCUGGCCCUGCAAUGGAUGUUUCCUCUACCUCUCAUGGUGCUCAUCUUUUUCGCUCCCGAGAGUCCUUGGUGGCUAGUGCGCAAAGGACGUAGGGAGGAAGCCCUUGUAUCCAUCAAGCGCCUCGGCCGUAGGAAUGGCACUCAAGCAGCCGCUGAGCAUACACUGGCCAUGAUGGAACGUACUGCCGAGAUUGAAGCUCAUGCGGGCGGUAAUGCCAAAUUCCUCGAUCUCUUCAAGGGAGUUGAUCUUCGCCGAACGCUGAUUACCUGCUUGAUCUAUGCGUCGCAAAACUUCGCCGGUAACUUGAUUGCCAACCAAGCCACAUUCUUCUUUGAGCAGGCUGGAAUGUCUACCGACUUUUCUUUCAAGCUCAACAUGAUCAAUUCGUCCCUGCAGCUGGUUGCUAAUAUGCUUGCUUGGCCUCUGAGCGCAUACUUUGGUCGCCGUACAAUCUAUCUCGUAGGCACGGCUACGAAUGUCGCCAUGCUAUUUCUUCUCGGCAUCUUCGGGUCACUUCACCAGACCAGUGCGACAAACUACGCACAGGCUUGUCUCGGUGUCAUCAUCUCGUUCGUAUACGCUUUGGCCAUGGGCCCCAUCACGUACUCCAUCAUUGCGGAGGCUUCCUCGGUCCGCCUUCGUGCCCUGAGUACUGGUGUCGGUCGUGCGGCAUACUACGUUGCCGAGAUUCCCAUGAUCUACCUGGCUUCGCGAAUGCUUAAUCCAACUGGUUGGAACAUGGCCGGCAAGUGCGGAUAUGUCUGGGGAGGCACGGCUUGCGUUUGCUUCAUCUCAGCUUACUUUGGUCUUCCCGAGUUCAAGAACCGCUCUUACCGCGAGCUCGACAUUCUGUUCAACCGCAGAGUUCCUGCCAGGAAAUUCAAGUCGACUGUUAUCGAUGUCACGGAGAACGAGUAGACUGCUCGAAUCUACUACAAUUCUACUCGACAAAAUUUUCUCUGGGAUGCUGGCAUCAUCGCUUAACGAUGUAGUCGAAUUUAUCUGGAAAAUAAGAGGGUGGAAACAGAUGUCUCGAGGACAUCACCGGCAAAC